AUGCUCUCUAUCCAGAUUCCGACGUUGGCGACUCUCCUUGUCCUUCCUGAUGUCCUAGCUCAGACCUGGCUGUAUAUACCCGGAUUUGACCCCCAGCCUGUUAGCGCGAACAUUGCUGGGGUCGAUGAGCGGGGGAGGACAACUUGGAUUCUGCAGCAAGGGCAACCUUCAGCGGGUUUCACGCCCGGAGUGGAGUUCGUUGGUACUGCAACACUUGUCGAAGGCUCGCAGGAUGUGUCAUUCACGUAUUCCAAUUCUGCCGCGAACUUUGCGAUAGGCCAAGAAUGCACCUUCUCGGACCAGUUUGCUUUGUGCACUAUCGUUGCUCAAGGGAGCACAGCCGUUCAGACGGAGUUUGUGACCCGGGUUGAGGUCCAAGGCGGAGGGAGUACGACGGUCGACGUUUCCCCAACAGCAUCUCUCCCUGAGAGUUCGAAUACACCUGGGGAUGAUUCCUCUCGUAGCCCAACGCCCUCUCCGACCUCGGACGCACUGCCUGAAACGACGCCUGCGGAUAGACAAAGCGAGAGUGGAAGUGCGAGUGGGGCAUUCCCUGCCAAUCCAGAGCCGUCUUUGCCAGGCGGAGAUGAUAGCUCGGAGGGCGUCCUUGUGUCCUUGAAAGCACACCUCGCCGCUGGGGUGCUCUUGGUCAAGCUCUUUGCCACCUUGUUACACCAUGAUGGGCUAGUAUAA